UGAGCGUCUCGGUAAGGCGGCGGUCACGUGUUGUUUUGCUCUUUAGUUGGGGCACUCGGUGCGCGAUGUGUUACUUACGGCGAAACUCCCGCCGGCGCCGGCAGCAGCAGCGGCAGCAGCAGCGGCCGGAGAGCGGCAGCGGCGCCGCCGGUAGCCGAGCCGGGGAGGACGCCGGGCGGCCGCCGGCAGCACCCGCUGCCUAGAGGCGACGGCGGAGGACCCCGCCGCGGCUUCGGGCUGCCGCGCUCUUCCCGCGGAGGAAUAACUUUAUUUUACUCGCUUCACUCCCCGCCCCCCGUUCCCGUUUUCCCGCGGCGCUCGGCCCCCCGGGUCCCGCUCGGCAGCGGCAGCAGCGAGAGGAGCGGGGCGGCUCUCCUGCCGCGGGGUCGGGGAUGGCGAGCCCCGCCGUGCUGGGGCUGCUGCCCCCCCUGAGCUCCCCGCCCGGCCCCAACCUGAACAACAACAACAACAACAACCAGGGCGUGAGGAAGUGCGGGUACCUGCGCAAGCAGAAGCACGGCCACAAGCGCUUCUUCGUGCUGCGUGGCCCGAGCGGCGGGGAGGAGGCGGGGGGCGCCCGGCUGGAGUACUACGAGAGCGAGAAGAAAUGGAGGAACAAGUCCGGGGCGCCCAAGCGGGUGAUCGCCCUGGACUCCUGCCUCAACAUCAACAAGCGGGCGGACGCCAAGCACAAGUACCUCAUCGCCCUCUACACCAAGGACGAGUACUUCGCCGUGGCGGCCGAGAACGAGCAGGAGCAGGAGGGCUGGUACCGGGCGCUCACCGACCUGCUCAACGAGGGCAAGGCUGCCUGCCAGGGGUCCCCCCACCGCCACCUCGCCUCCCCCUUCUCCGCCUCCUGCGGCGCGGCCGCCGCCUCCCUGGCCGCCGCCGGCGAGGACCUCAACUACGGGCUGAUCACCCCGGCCGCCGCUGCCUACCGGGAGGUCUGGCAGGUGACGCUGAAGCCCAAGGGCUUGGGGCAGAGCAAAAACCUCACCGGCGUCCACCGGCUGUGCCUCUCGGCCCGCACCAUCGGGUUCGUGCGCCUCAACUGCGAGCUGCCCACGGUCACGCUGCAGCUGAUGAACAUCCGCCGCUGCGGCCACUCCGACAGCUUCUUCUUCAUCGAGGUGGGGCGCUCGGCGGCCACCGGCCCCGGCGAGCUCUGGAUGCAGGCGGACGACUCGGUGGUGGCCCAGAACAUCCACGAGACCAUCCUGGAGGCCAUGAAGGCGCUGAAGGAGCUGUCCGAGUUCCGGCCCCGCAGCAAGAGCCAGUCCUCCUCCUCCUCCUCCUCCGGAGGGGCCGCCGGGCCCGGCGGCAGCGGCGCCUCUGCCACCCACCCCAUCACUGUGCCCGGUCGCCGGCACCACCAUCUGGUCAACCUGCCUCCCAGCCAGACCGGUCUCCUCCGCCGCUCCCGCACCGACAGCCUCGCCGCCGGCACCGGCACCAAGUGCACGCCGUGCCGGGUGCGGACGGCCAGCGAGGGCGACGGCUGCCGGGUGGGCUCGGUGGCCGGCAGCCCCAUGAGCCCGGGCCCCGUGCGGACCCCCCUCAGCCGCUCGCACACGCUUAGCAGCGGCGGCGGCGGGGGCCGGCAGGCGGGGAAGCUGCUGCCGGUGCUGGCCGGCGGCGGCCUGCAGAGCAGCCGCUCCAUGUCCAUGCCCGCCUCCCACUCGCCCCCCUCCGCCACCAGCCCCAUUAGCCUCUCGUCCAGCAGCGGCCUCGGCUCCGAGCCUGCCCACCCGCAUCACCCGCAGCGCCCGUCUAGCGGCAGCGCCUCCGUCUCCGGCUCCCCCAGCGACGCCGGCUUCAUGUCCUUCGACGAGUACGGCUCCAGCCCGGGCGGCGACCUGCGGCCCUUCUCUUCCUCCUCCACUGCCAGCAACCGCAGCAACACCCCCGAGUCGGUGGCCGAGACCCCCCCGGUGCGGGACCCCGGGGGCGGCACCGACCUUUACGGCUAUAUGGCGAUGGAGCGGCCCCCGAGCGGCCGCCUCUGCUACCGGCCGUGCCCCGACGCCGCGGCCGAGCGGGGCCAUCGGAAGCGGACCUACUCGCUGACCACCCCGUGCCGGCAGAGGCCCGCCCCGCCGCAGGUCUCCUCCGCCUCCCUCGACGAGUACACGCUGAUGCGCGCCACCUUCGCCGGCAGCGCCGGCCGCCUCUUCCCCUCCUGCCAGGCCGGGGCUUCCCCCAAAGUCACCUACACCCCCUACCCCGAGGACUACGGGGACAUCGAGAUCGGCUCCCACCGUAGCUCCGGCAGCAGCAGCACCAACCUGGGGCCGCCGGCAGGGGGGGGAGGCGGAGGAGGAGGGGGAGAUGACGGCUACAUGCCCAUGACCCCUGGCGUGGCCGCAGCCUUAGGGCAGGGAAGCCGGGGAAGCGACGACUAUAUGCCCAUGAGCCCCACCAGCGUAUCGGCCCCCAAGCAGAUCCUGCAGCCCCGGGCGGGGGUGGGUGGCGGGUCCCCCGGGAACGGGAGCAGCUACAAGAACAGCUCGCCCGGGGAGAGCUCCCCUGACGACAGCGGGUACAUGCGGAUGUGGUGUGGCUCCAAGCUGUCCGUGGAGAGCUCGGAUGGGAGGCUGAGUAAUGGCGACUAUAUCAAUAUGUCCCCUCGGGACCCCCAGCACGGGCCCCAGGCUCCCUCCCUCACCCCCCCGGACUUCUUUUUUGCUCCUUCAGGGCACGGUUCCAGCGAGCCCCCCAAGCCUGGCUGCUACUCGUACAGCUCCUUACCCCGUUCCUACAAGAGCCAGGGCCUGGCAAAGGACAGCGACCAGUACGUCUUCAUGAACUCCCCGGGGAGGACGAUCCCAGAGGAGGUGGCGUGUGGAGCGGGCCAGUCGCCUGCGGGCUCCUUUGCCCCCUCCAGCCACACGGUGCCUUCCCCCCUGCGGCACAGCCGGACCGAGAGCUUCCUGAGCCAGCGGUGCCAGCGGGUGGCCCGGCCCAGCCGCCUCUCUUUGGAGACCUUGCGGACGAUGCUACCCUGCAUGAACGAGCACCCUCUGCUGCCCGAGCCCAAGAGCCCCGGUGAAUACAUCAACAUUGACUUUGGGGAUGCUGCUGUCUAUUCUCCCCCCUCGCUGCCCGCUGACAGCCCAGCCUCCUCCCUGGGCUCGGGCACUGGGCAGAGGCGCUCCCCUCUCUCUGACUACAUGAACAUUGACUUUGGGUCACAGUCGCCCUCCCAGUCGGGCACGGUCUCGGUGGGCUCCCUGGAAGCGCUUUCUCCAGGCUCUUCCUCCAGCACCAGCCAGCCCGAUGGGCGCUACCUGAAGGCAGCUGUGGGGGUGGCUUGUUCGUCCAGCCCAUCCGACGGUGGGGAUUACACAGAGAUGACCUUUGGCAUGGCCACUACCCCACCGCAACCCAUCGUUCAGAAGUCAGAAAGUGCCCGGGUCACCAGCCCCACGGCUGGGGUGAAGAGGCUCACCCUCUCUGGGGUUGAGGCUUUCAUUCUCUCCAGCCCUCCCCCAGACCCCAACCGGGGGGCCAAGGUCAUCCGGGCAGAUCCCCAGGGGCGCAGGAGGCACAGCUCGGAAACUUUCUCCUCCACCACCACUGUGACCCCAGUGUCCCCCUCCUUCGCACACAACCCCAAACGGCACAACUCGGCCUCGGUGGAGAACGUGUCCCUCAGGAAAAACGAAGGCCUGGAGGAGGAGCAGGGUAGCAGCCCCAUGUGCCGGGAGACCUCGGCCGGCUUCCAGAACGGCCUCAACUACAUCGCCAUUGACGUCGUGGACGGGACCCUGGCAAGCUGUGACAAAGCCAGGUCGAAAGCCAGGCAUGUCCUGAACGGGGGAAUCAACAGAUUGGAGAUGAGCGCCUAUGCCAGCAUAGACUUUCUGUCUCACAACCUGAAAGAAGCGAGUGCUGUGAAAGGAAGUACAGGAAGAUGGAAAAGAUGAGAGAUCCACCGUUUGCAGAGCAAGCUUUGAACCUAAUUAAGACGAGAGGAUUGUUGAAUGAAAUGUCAGAGUUUGAAAGCAUGAACUCUUAUUCUAAGCGACUGGAAGGGUUGAGGGCAGAGUGUUACUUGUUUGUUGCUUCUAGUUUUACUGGGGUCGUUUUCAGGAUCCCUGUGGCUUGACUUAGAGCGGUGGGGAUGCUGCAGCUCCCCCUGUCCUUGUCCACCCUUGGGAUUGUUUUCCCGGCCACCAAGAAAUCGUCACGCCCUUUGCUUUGCAAUCUGAUUUUUCACAGAAACGAGUUUUUCUUGAGCCACCUACAGCCCCAACCGCAAAGCAAGCCCCAUGUUGGGAAAGAGCUAUUUCCACAACGUUCCCCAAACUGCUGACCCUAAAGCAGGGUGGGGGUGGAGGUGGCGGGAAGCGGGCACCAGUUACCGGGAAAACCUGGAGUGGAUGGCAGCCUGGUCACCAUCCAGGCGAAAAGCAGGAUAAAUGGGGAACCCACUGUUGCCCUUCCCAUCCAGUAAACAAAAGGCUAAUGCAAUAAACAUAACCCUGUUAAUUUGGUACACAGUGUACAGAGGAGGGGGGGGGUGUUGGUUCUGCCAUAUAUUUGUCAAAAGGGUGGUUAUAGGCUUGGCUUAUUUUAAUAUUUAAUCUGCAUGCGUGUUUAUUUUUCCUCUUUUCCGUAAGCUUGUAAAUGCAGACCGCAGCGAGAAGUGGUGCGGGGAAGCCAGUUGAGGUUUACUCUCUCUGUAGGAGGCAAGGCUGUCUUCACCACCCUGCUUCCCUGAGAAGCGUGCACGCCUGCUGGGCUCGGGGAUUAAUGUAGCCAGUAUCAGCAGGCCAAGGCGGUAAGGAAAAACCUUACACAAGCAUCAGCAGGCAGCAGCACGCAGGGUUAGGUACCAAAAACCAGGGCUUCGGGUUAAUUGCAGGCAAGCUGGGGAAGUCAUAGCACAAAGAAGGAGAAAUCUUAUCACAAAGGACUUCAUCAGCGUAAGUUGAAUCAAGUCAUUAGCUUUUGCAAAUUUCCUAGUUUUCCUUCUGGUUUUCGUUGGGAUUUUACACUGAAGUUUGUUUAAAAAAGAUCACCAAGUAUUGUGCCAGUGUAUGUGAAUUUCAAACACUGUAAUUUGGGAGACUACUAAGAAUUUAGUGUUUUCCAGAGAAAUACAUGCAAUUUAAGGAAACUGUAUUUUGAGCAUAGGCAAGAUUAUUUUAACACAGAAUUCAGGUAGAGUUGAGAGAAUCUAAUUUUCUAAAAAUUAAUGGUUUGCACAAAAGAUAGCUUAUAUAUAAUCAGCAUUGUUUACUUAGUAGUUUGCACUUUUUUCAAAUUUUGUUUUUAACUAUAUUAGCAAAGUUAAGAAGCUGUACUUCUUCAAAAACCAAGAGAGGUUUCUAACAAUUUUAAAACAGUGGAUAAUCCACAUAUAUUUAGUGUUUAGAACAGGAGAAUCUCAGAGAUACAGGGUAUACAAAGAAGCUCCUUGUAAUUACCUUCCCAGUAAAUUAAUAAUUUGGUUUGUGUAAAAUACAUGUUAAAAACCAGUUUGAAUUCUCCCUGAAUGUCUGUAGCAGUAGAUGUGUUUUCUUGUGGAUAAGUGUUUUAAGGGAAAUUAUUUGUAUAUUUUAAAGGUGGCUGGUUUUCACAUGUAGCUUGUCUCUCUGCUAUCAGUAACUUGCCUCUGCUGUAGGGAGUGCUGUGCUUUUGGAAAUCUCUGUUCAUGUUAUCCUGUUGUGGCAAGAGAAGUCAGUGCAUCCACAGCUGCUGUCAAAACAGAAAAAUUAAAAAGGUUGCUUGAAAUUAUUGGCUCAUUUAGUUUUACUGUGUUCUGAAAGUGUGCAAAUAUUUAAGAAUUGGAGAAACACUUGCCUUCAUCUGAUGUGUAAAUAAAAUACUGUUGCUGGUUGGUUGAAACUUGUUACUUGCUGACAAUUAGCCUUUGUUCUUAAAUUAUGACCUUUUUUUUUUUUUUUUGCUUAAAAACAUAUGAACUGUGUAUGGUUUUCAUUAUUUAUAGAGACAUUUACAUUCAUUUUUCUCAUAUAGUGUAAUUUAUUUAUUCCAGUAUAUUUAUGACAGUUUACAUCCAAUAAUGAUGUGACUUUUUAUGGUGGAUCUUAGCUCCAUUGAAAUCAAAUGGGAGUUUUGUUUCUAUUUUGGUGGGGUUAAUAUGUGUAAUCGUGAAAAUCUUAAGUAAAAUUCCCGUUAAAUUUAGUGGGUGUAUAAUAGGGAAUUUUGCUUAAUUGAAAACACCAAGCUUCGGUGGCUUAUCUUUUAAUUUGUUUUCUUUUCCGUUAACAAAAUGCUUUGUAACUUGUACAUGUUUCUAGUAGUUGGUCUAGUUUUCUGAAACUGAACAAAUACUGUGUGUAAUAGUGCAAAAAAACCCCUGAGGGUUGUUCUCCUCCUAUGUUAGUUUCCUUUGUCUUGAUUUAUUUAAAGAAGUAAUCAUCUGUAAUGCAUCAACUUAAGAUCAUAACAAGGUGAUUUUUGAUAAUAAUGACCCCCCUGCCUUGUCAAUUAGCUCUUACUUUUGUGAGGGUUUUAUGAUUGCACCUAAACAAUAAAAAGCCUAUCUUGAGAAAUCUCUUCCUGUGUCUUUCUAAUGGCAUUUGAGAUUAUUGAAGACAUAACCCUUGCUUCCUUUUUCCUUGGGAUUGCUUUGCACAGUGAAUUAUAUUACUAAUUUUUUUCUCCUCUGAUAUGCUAACUGCCAUUAAGUUUUGGCUCUUAGAGCAGCAUGAGAAUGUUUGUCUCUAACAAAACUUGUAUUCAUUUUAAAAUGACUUGUUAAAAGUAUUAAAAGAACUAUAUGCUGUGUUAGAAAUCUAUACAUCUUUUUAAAUUUUUUUUUAAUAAAUCAGUUGUAGUUUUUUAUUGCAAGUUCUGCGGGAACAUCAAAAUUAACAGCAGAAAUAACUACAUUUAAUACCUUACGUAGUUUUAUUUUUAAAAUCUCUUAUGAUUAGAAUUAAAAAUCUGAGGUUUUAUUUUAAAACCUCUAGAAAUUCAUUUCUUGUCUUCCAGACUGCAUUUUACAGCCGGCCAAACCAAAAUGGUUAGGUCUGAACCCAGCAGUGCCACUUGUGAAACACAAAAUGUAAACUGAAGUUAUCUGAGAUUAAAUGAAGCCUUUGAUAUUUUAAAUUAUGUUUAUUAUACGGAUGUCAGCUUUUUACAAGCAGAUAGAAUAUUAAAAUGCAUAACAUCUAUUAGACUUUUAUUUUGCUUUUUAUACUUUAUGUUUAGCUAUACUGCUCUUAGAAAAAAUGUCAUGGUUACUUUGAGUCAUUUAAGAUAAAUUGUUAUAGACCAAGUUGAAUGGUGGAUUUGUUCUAAAAUGAACCAGUACAGUCAUUGCUCAAGGCAGAGGAAAUGCUUAGGUUGAUGAUUGCUUCUGAUUACAUGAUUUCUUUCAAGAUAGCUACAGAGACUAACAUUUGCUUCUAAGUAAAAUGGAUAAAGGAAUGUGUGAACAGAAAGAGUAUUAGGACAUGUUUUAUACGGUGGUUUGUUUGUUUUUAAUAAGGAGAAAGUAACAUAGGUUUCUUUACGGUUGAUUUACUAUUAUUUUGAAUAGCAUUAAUUACACUGGAAUGUUGAAGUGGUUUAAAGGUUGAAACGCAGCAAGCAUCCAAGGAAAAAUUAAGCUAGAGUUCGUGUGUGUAAUCUAACUUUCCUUCCUAUCAGGCAGUUAAAUGACAACAUAGGUACAUCCAGGUGUUUUUUGUUUAUAUCAGAUUUUCUCUAAAGCACUAUUUAUGUUAAUGUUUCUUUCUAAAGUAAUAAACACA